AUGGCCUCACUCGAGGAAGAGGAGGACCGGGAUAUGGGAGGCUCCCAGGACGGAAGCUCCGAUAACGAGAACGACAACGAUAUGGACGAUACAAUGCGCGAUGUCGAUGAUGGGGAGGGCGACAAUGACCAAGACCAAGACCAAGACGCCGAGGGAGAUCAAGAUGCGGAUAGUCCUUCGAACGCGAGUCAGGCAUCGGAGAGCGCGGGCAUGCAACAAGGCGUAGAUGGCAGUGCUGACAGCUCCGUGCCAGAAGCAUUCUCGAUUUAUCACCCCAGUGUGCGCUCAGAAUGCCUGACAGCCAGAACCUACGACAUCGUUCCGACCACCGCGGCGCCGCAUGCCACUUCGAUCAAUGCGAUCACGGCGACAGCCGACAUGCGCUGGGUGUUCACCGGUGGAUCCGAUGGAUUCGUGCGGAAGUUCAACUGGGCGGAAUCAAUAAACAGCAAGCUCAUGUUGACUGUAGCGCAAAGACAUCCCUUCGUGGAUAGUGUGGUCAAGGCUGGCGUGUUGAUGACAUAUUGGGAGAAUAUGGAUGGCAGUCAUCUAUCGCCGGUGUAUUCUUUGACCUGUCAAAGCGAAGGCUUGUGGCUUCUUACUGGCUUAGAGUCUGGCGCGAUUCGGUUGCAGACUCUGCGCCACGACGAGGGCAAAGAGGUUGCUCUUCUGCAGCAACAUACUUCGGCUGUGUCGUCGUUGAAUCUCACGUCCGACGAGGCAUCAUUGCUCUCCGGUAGUUGGGAUAAACGGGUGUUCGACUGGGAUCUCCAUACGGGACAGGCCAGACGUGCUUUCGGUGGCAGCGCUGGACAAAUAUCGGCGGUGCAAUUCCGGCCAGAGUCCAGCCUUCCGGUCCCCAAGGAGACAAUUGAGCCGCAGCAGAUGAGUGGCACGUACGCAUCAAACUAUUCUGGCCCACCCGACAACUUCAAGUUUAUGGAUACCUCUCAAGGCAACGAAGACUCCGGCUUGGCGGAGAACCCGCAGGCGGGUUCACCAGCAGACUCACUUUUCGGUGGGGCGGACUCAUUAUUCGGCGACGCAGAUGGCGGAGCUGCAGACGGUGGUGAGCCAUCCGGUGGCGUUUUUGGGGUAGAUGAAGACGAUGAAUUCGGUCGCGCUGUAGCGAGUGGUGCUAUGCCUGAUGCAGAUGCGCCGGGUGAAGUGGACAAUGAAAUGCUAGAACAAACACAAAGAACACAAAAUGCGUCGUCGAGUCAGCAAUUACCAAGUUAUGCGUCGGAGCAAAAUACGCAAGUGGGCCAGAUGGAAAACCCGGAAUCAUCGCAAACGACUGCCACUGGGCUGCCCAAAGCAGAAGGUCUCGAGACACCCCCGUCAAUGGCAGAUUUCUCACAAACUACGCAAGCGGAGCAGGGCGUCUCGGCAGACAACACGUUCUUAGCUGCUUCUAUGGAUGGUACAAUACGUGUAUGGGACAGACGACAGCCUGAUCCAAUUGCACGUAUCACUCCCCACAAUGUGCCACCGUGGUGUAUGAACGCGUGCUGGUCCCCCGACGGAAAUUACAUAUACGCCGGGCGACGAAACGGUACCGUUGAGGAAUACAGUUUACACAAAGGCCUUAGGCAUGCCGAACGGACAUUCAAGUUCCCUCAGGGCAGUGGACCGGUCACAGCACUUAAGGCCAUGCCUAACGGCCGUCAUCUUGUCUGUGCCUCUCACGAUAUUCUUCGGCUCUAUGAUCUGCAACACGAGGUCGACCCAUAUUCUCGUCAUUCAGCAACUCCGUUCUUAAUUAUACCUGGUCAUCGCACCGGAACUAUAUCCCAGUUGUACAUUGAUAAUGCAUGUCGUUACAUGAUUUCGACCAGUGGUAACCGGGGUUGGGAGGGCAAUACCACUGAGGUUCUACUGGGUUACGAGAUUGGGGUGCCGCAAUAG